GUUGUCAUUCACUUGAGCAAUAAAGAAUGGGAUACUCGGAUUGCUGCGGGGCAAGCAAUUGAAGCUAUUGCAAAAAAUGUGCCACAGUGGGAUCCUCCAGAGACUGUUAAAAUUGAAAACGAAAUAUCUGUUAAAAAUGAGUCAAAUGAUAAUAAAUAUUCCUUUGAAAAUUUUGACAUUUCGAAUGUAUUACAAAAUGGAAAAACAUUAUUAGGUUCGGCCGGAAAAGAAUACGAUCUUGAUUUAAGCGAGCUUGAUCCUGCUCAAAGACUCGCAUUACAACAUAAAAAUCUCAGAGAAAGAUUAGGAUUAGGUGGAGAAUUUAUGGACGUCGAUUUAUUGGAUGAUGUUGACAUAAGUGGGGCGACUACAUCGCAAAAUACACAAGUCCAUAAGAUCGAGUCUACUUCUAUACAACCACCGCGUUCUCCAAUUUUGCCCCCAGAAGAGAUGGCUGGCCUGAGCGCCAGAGAAAGAAAUAAACUGAAAAGAAAAGCAAAAAAUGAUGCAAAAAUUAAGGGAAAAGAAAAAUUACGGGUUGUAGAAAUUGGUACGCGAAGAACAAGCGGUGAUCAUGCAGCACCGCUAGCAACUCCACUUGCACCAACAACUGUCAAAGUCGAACCUGAUGGAUCAUCAGAGAAGACACAAGCAGAGGGAUGUUUCAAUUUUACGCCACAACCUUGUUCCAGUAAAAUUGUUGUAGAAUCUAAAAAAGAAGGAUCGUCAAAUGUAACGGAUGAUCAGUCUAAUGAAUGGCCAUUUGAAAAUGUGUGCGAAUCUCUCUGUGUAGCUUUGUUUAAUCCAUGCUGGGAAGUAAGGCACGGUGCUUGCAUUGGUUUAAGGGAAAUCCUUAAAGUACACGGUCAUGGGGCUGGGCGUCGUGUUGGAUUAACUAAAACGGAAAAUGAAUUCAGACAUAAUAAAUGGUUGGAGGAUGUAGCAAUUCGCUUGUUAUGUGUUUUUGCACUGGACCGAUUUGGAGAUUUUGUGUCAGACCAGGUUGUUGCGCCUGUAAGAGAGACUUGCUCGCAAACAAUGGGUGCACUUCUACGUUAUAUGUCAUCACAAGGAGUGGAAAGCGUUCAUAAAGUUUUAUUGCAGAUGAUUUAUCAAACAGAUGUGCAAGGAGAUAAACCAUCAAUAUGGGAAGUCCGACAUGCCGGGAUGUUAGGCUUGAAGUACGCAGUUGCUGUCCGCAAGGAUUUGGUGAAUACAAUAUUGGAUGGAACUGUGGGUGCAGUGAUCUUAGGGUUAAAAGAUAGUGAUGAUGAUGUUAGAGCUGUUGCUGCAUCUAUUCUAAUUCCGAUUGCAGAACAUUUU